ACAUGAGAUGCGGCGCGAGACGAGGAGGAGGUCUUGAAAAUUAUUCAUUACACUUUUUCGUCUAUUACAAAUCUUUAAGGUGUGAUUUUGUCAUAUGUACUGUAUCAGAAGAGGUAGUACCGUGCAUACUGUUAGAGAAUUUAUACAUAGGUAACAGAAAAGUGAGAAGAUGAGUGGCCUUACAAAGGAGCAACUGCAGCGUAUGGAAGAGAACCGCCAAAAGGCCCUUGCAAGGAGGGCAGCAGUCCUGGCAGCAGCAGGGAAUAGCAGCAAUAACCAGCCUGCAAAACCCAGUAAUUUCCAGCCAAUGUCUGGUGGUGGAGCUGCCAAGCCUUCCAGCAGUGCAGCUACACAGCCAUAUAAUAGACAGAUAAGCCCGACAGGAAACCCUUGGAAACCAGGAGGUCAGCAGAGUACGUUUUCGCAGAACACAUACCCAAAAUCAGGUCCCUCUAGUCAGAAUAGCCAGCCUGUCAGCAAUCAGACUUCAGUACCAGGGAAAUCAGCAUCAAACUUUUACAAGACAGGUCAAACAACUAUCAAUAACAACACACAAUAUAGCAAGAACAAUGCAACAAGCUCCAGUUUCAGUAACAACACACAGUCUAAAGCACAGAGCCAACCACCUGGCAACACUGCAAAACAUACGGGUGAUGCUUCAGGAGCAAAACCCGUGUUUGGUAAGAAUGUCAAUGGUACAUUUCGACUGAUGUCCCGUGAGAGGUUUAUGGUAGAAGUUGGGUAUCAUCAACAGAUGAUAGAAGUCUUCAAGACAAUGACAACAAAGAAAUAUGAUGUUGAGACCAAAAGAUGGAACUUUGAACUGAGUGAACAUGACAAGUUAGUUGCUGCACUUACUCCUCUCAGACCAGCCGUGUGCAUCAGUCCUUUGCCGUUAUUUGUUCGCAAAAUUCUGAAAGCAGCUCAAACAGAAAUCCCUGCUUCUUGUGUUGACUUGUUUGGACUUGACCCUAAACUGUUAGAUGCCUUGAUGCCAUUUCAACAUGAGGGAGUAUGUUACGGCGUGAGCCACAACGGGCGGGCUCUUAUCGCUGACGACAUGGGCCUCGGCAAGACGAUCCAGGCCUUGGGCGUGGCCGCUUACUAUAGGCAGGAGUGGCCCCUGCUAGUGGUCACGCCGUCCUCCGUCAGGUAUUCGUGGGCCAAGGCGAUCGAGCGGUGGAUCGGGUCCGUAAGCCACGGGGACAUCGUGGUGGUGGGCAGCGGGAGGGACCCCGUCAGUUGCUCCGACGUGGUCAUCAUGAGCUACGACCUGCUGGCGCGGCGGGGCAAGGAGCUCCAGGACUGUAAUUUCCAGGUCGUCAUAAUGGAUGAGUCCCACAUGUUAAAGAGCUUUAAGACAGCUCGGUACAAGGCAGCAGCGCCCAUAAUGAAGAAGGCGAAGCGUGUCCUUCUGCUUAGCGGCACCCCUGCUCUGUCCCGUCCCAGUGAGCUCUACACCCAGAUCUCUGGCAUCGAUCCUAGUCUCUUUCCGAGUUUUCAGGAGUUUGGAGUACGAUACUGUGCAGGAAAGCAGCUCCCUUGGGGAUGGGACUUUUCUGGCUCUAGCAACUUGGAGGAGUUACAGAUAUUGCUUGAAGCAAGAAUCAUGAUCAGAAGAUUAAAGAGUCAAGUACUUGAUCAGCUUCCUUCAAAGCAAAGAAUGACUGUGAUCUUAGAUCCAACAAGCAUACAUGCCAGUACAAAAGCCAUGGAGGAUGCAGCCAAGCAGUUUGGAGCAGUGAAAGGUGUCCAGAAGCAUGGUGCUCUUCUUCAGUUCUUUGCUGAAUCAUCUCGUGCCAAGUGGAAGGCAGUGACUGAAUAUAUUAAGGAGCUGUUUGAAGCAGAGAAGAAAUUCUUGGUGUUUGCUCAUCACCAAAUAAUGCUGGACAAAUUAUGUGAGACUUGUGAAAAUGCUAAGAUUGAGUACAUUCGUAUUGAUGGAAAGACACCAGGUGAAGUAAGGCAGAAUUAUGUAAAUAAAUUCCAGACAAAGGACAGUGUCAAAGUUGCUGUGCUCUCCAUUACAGCUGCUAACACUGGCCUUACACUUACAGCAGCUCAGCUUGUUGUAUUUGCAGAAUUAUUUUGGAAUCCUGGGAUCCUAGUUCAGGCAGAGGACAGAGCUCACAGGAUUGGACAGGAAGACUGUGUGAUGGUGCAGUACCUUGUGGCACAAGGCACAGCUGACGACUACAUCUGGCCGCUGGUACAGUCCAAAUUAGAGGUGCUGGGCAAAGCAGGACUCAGCAAGGAUAACUUCUCUGAUGCUGGAUCAACUCAUCAAAAAGACUCAGAACAGGAGAGCAUCUUGAAGUACUUCAGUGAAGUCGGUGGUGACGGUUUCAUCGAUGAUGACCUCACUGAUGAGCCAAAGUCAAAACGGAUGAAGACGUGAUGAUUUGUUUCUUCUUUCUUCAUAGAUAUAUGUUUUUACUUGCUUGUUCAUUUGAGAAACAUGCUAUUUCUGUUGAUCAUAUCAUAUACUUUUGCUUCAAACAAGUUACCUAUUAUUGAAGAUAUCCAGAAAACACUCCAAAAUGGUAUGAAGCACUUUUAGUGAGUGUUAAAAUGCAUGAAGGUUAAUGAGAAAAUAGAAUAAUCAUAAGUUGAAUAUCAUAACCAGUUUGUUGAAAAAAUGCACAAGGAGGAUAUAUGGAUCUAAUCUAUGUUGCAUUUGAAGGGUAGCACCACUGGAUUUUGCCAAUGCUAUCUGAGUGAAUGAUUUAUAUUUUGUGAAAUAUAGUAUGAAAGGAUUUCUUAACACAUCAUUAAUAAAGUAUAUUUUAUUGUU